CGACGUCGCAAUCCCUAUCCCGAUUUCUCCCACAAUCCGCAUUGUUGCGAUCAGACCGUCAAGAUGGCCAAAUCCAAGAACUCGUCGCAACACAACCAGAACAAGAAAGCCCACAGAAACGGGAUCAAGAAGCCAAAGACUCACCGUUACCCUUCCCUCAAGGGUGUCGAUCCCAAGUUCAGACGGAACCACAGACAUGCUCUCCACGGCACCAUGAAGGCUUUGAAGGAGGUCAAGGAGGGCAAGAGAGAAUCUGCAUAAACAAAUGAAAAAACCAUUGAAAUCAGAAUCCCAAUGUGCCGCGUUGCUAUGUCCAUAGAUCCGCAUAUUUUCCCGUUGUUUUAGCCCGUGGGAACGAGCAAGAGAGAUACUUCCAUCUCGAGUCCUCGAUAAUGCAAGAUGGGUUUUGCGCUGGUUUCCCCAGGGUCCAUGCUUUUUCUGCUUAGGAUUCAUGAUUGACGGUAACGCUGGUCUGCUUUCCCACGGACUUUUGGCUUGGGCAUGUUUUUAUAUGGGAUGUGGGUGUUUUCGUGCAUCCUUAACAGCCACGUCUAGGUAGAUCCGUUGCAGGAAUAUGGACCACAUUUCACGACCCAUCGUUUGACAUCAUUUUCUGCAGAUAUUCCAACUUCUAGCUACCAUUCAAAAGUGGAUUUCAGCUCCGAGCGAGGACCCCAACAGGCAUUGUGUGUACAGCAGCGGAUACUUUUACCAAUAUCCGAUUGCUGAAGGAUUUUAUAACGUGCCGAGAUUAGAUCUUUCCUGCCUUCUAAUUACCAAACACCCUAUGCCCUCGCUUUCCCAUGGUGCAGCGGUGCAUGGACAGAUGGCUACAUAGCAAUUUAUAUGCAAAUACUUACAGAUUAAUUUUAACAAUCUACCUGAUAUCCUGUGUGAUUCAAAAA